AUGUCCACGCCUCAGCCGCUCCCUUCCACUCUGCCUCAGCAGGCUACGGCACUCGUGGUGAUCGAUGUGCAGCAUGGAUUCGAUGAGUUGGCCCACUGGGGCGGCGCACGCAACAACCCGCAGGCCGAGACCAACAUCUACGCGCUCCUCACCGCAUUCCGGGCCGCCAAGCGCCCGGUGUGGCACGUCCACCACCACUCCCUCGAGGCCGGCUGCCCGCUCAACCCAGACUUCAGCCCGGAGGGCUUCGCCGCCGUCCCGCUGUGUGCGCCGAUCGAGGGCGAGCGCCGGCUGACCAAGCACGUCAACAGCAGCUUCAUCGGCACCACGCUCGAGGAGGAGCUCCGCGCGCGGGGCAUCACGACACUGGUCCUGUGCGGGCUGACCACCAACCACUGCGUGAGCACCACCACGCGGAUGGCGGGCAACCUGGGCUUCGACACGUAUCUCGUGGGCGACGCCUGCGCCACCUUCGAUCGGGUGGGGGUCGACGGGCGCAAGUGGAGCGCGGAGGACGUGCACCAGUGCAGUCUGAGCGAUCUGCACAGGGAGUUCGCAUGGGUGGUGACCACCGACGAAGUGGUCAAGGCGGUGUGA